CUGACUUGUCUUAUCAGCAUUAAUGUUGUUUAAGGGGCUUCAGAAGAACCCUUUCAUUAACCAAAAUCGUCAUUAAUGACAUCCACUCACUUGGGAAACAACACACCGCUUAAGUGAAGAAUAUGAAAAGACAUCUAUCCAACUUCUUUAAAUAUGUAAUCAUGCUUACUUACUAACACACACAAAGACACUUAUCAUUCAUACUUAAAGUGAUCCACUUUCGCCUUCAUCUUCAAAACAACGCAGCAAUGCCUGAAAAUAGAGUCCGUUCGUUUGAUCUUGAACUCAUGGACUGUGCCGUAUGCUGUGAACCUCUACGCCCUCCCAUUAUUCAGGUUUGACCCCACAUCAUUUAUAUAUUUAUUCACUUUAGGUUAUUCUUAAUUUUCUAACUUUUCCUUUUCUUCAGUGUCAGAAUGGACAUGCAACAUGCAACUCCUGCUCUGUAAAGAUGGGUAAAUGUCAUGCUUGCACUUUGCCAAUCGGACCGAUGCGCUGUCGGAUAAUGGAAGCAGUCGUGGAGUCUUUAACGGUUUACUGCCAGAACAGAGUAUAUGGUUGCCAAGAAAGCUUCAAUUACGACGAGAAGACAGAUCACGAGAAAUACUGCUCUUUUAUAGAGUGUUCAUGCCCGAUUCCAGAGUGCAAUGUGAAGGGCUCGUCCGAAACCAUUUAUGCUCACUGCAAAGAGUUGCAUCAAGAUAUUCUCACACUAUUUAACUUUGGACGUAAAUUUGCAGUUUCUGUGGACAUGCAUGAUAGGGGUUUGCUUCUCCAAGAAGAACAAUCAGACGUUGUGUUUGUUCUGAACAACACGAAGUGCUCUUAUGGGAAUAUUAUAACAGUGUUUUGUCUCGGCCCAUUGUCAAACGGAAGCUGCCCUUAUGACAUCGAAGUGAAGUUUGAUGAAUCGUCAGUGCACAGGUUUCAUUCUUCUACCAAGAAUUUUCAAGACACCAACAAGUAUUACCGUUCAUUGACAGGAUUCCUUCUUGAUAGUAGCGACCAAGAGUUUUUUGCUGACGGGUUGAUCAAGAUGGAAAUUUCGGUAUAUCGAUCGUUGGAGCUUGGUUCUGCAGAUGAUGUUUAACGCUGCCCUUAGUCAACAUGUUUUCUGGUUUUCUGUUGUAAUUUGGAAUAUUCUAGUAUAGGUUUUAU